AUGGCGACUGCACAAUUGCAGGUCGAUGGCGGAGAUUGCACAUUAGAGACCAGCGACCGGGACUGUACACUUGAAGUCGAUAGACGCCGCGAGAAUUUGAAUAAUGAAGCUGUCAAUCGUGACCAAGCAGAAGCAGAUGAGUGUGGGAACGGGAGCCCCGAGCUUAGUGCUCCCGUGCAGCGCAAGCGGAGACCUGAUCGGAAAUGUUACAUUUGCGGUGGUGUUGCCAUUGUGGUUCUUUAA